GAAAGUAAUCAUGAAAUGGUGAAUGCCCUUACUCAACAAAUGGGAACUGUUUUUACUCCCAUGAUAAACAACACGAACCAAAGUUAUGAAAUAUUGGCUAGACAAAUGGCCAGAAUAGCAGAUUUCUUUGGAGCACCCCCACAACCAAACCUUUCGACUCCACAAGGGUCAAAUGUUAGAGUGGUUGAAACUCCUAGAAAUGGGGAACAAAUUGAACAAGAAAUCCCUAGAGUAGUACAAAGGCAUCAAGAUGCUGAUCAGGUUCUUAGAAAUAUCCAGCAAGAUGUCAAUGUUGGACACAAUAAUAUUUCUAAUGUAGUCGAACAAAUCUUAGUUCAAAAUGGAAUAAAUGUAGGUUUGCACAGACCAAAUUUUGUUUCCCCAUUGUCAGAGUACGUAAGGCAGACAGAAUUGCCUAGGGGUUGGAAAAUUCCAAAAUUUACCAAAUUUGCUGGUGAGACUGGCGAAUCGACAGUCGAACAUAUUGCUAGGUUCCAGACAGAGGCUGGAGAAUUAGCAAACAAUGAGAAUUUAAAAGUGAAAUAUUUCCCAAGUUCUUUAACAAAAAAUGCCUUUACUUGGUUCACGACCUUACCUCCACAAUCUGUAUUUUCAUGGAGUCAGUUAGAACGAUUGUUCCAUGAACAGUUUUAUAUGGGACAGUCGAAGAUUAGUUUGAAAGAAUUAGCUGGAGUUAGGCGAAAGGGUACAGAAACGGUCGAUGACUACCUCAACCGUUUCAGGUUAUUGAAAGCUAGAUAUACCCAACAUUUAAGGGAUAUGGCCCAACUGGCAGACAGAGUACGCCAGGUCGAAAGGCUAAAAGCUGAAAAAACCAGAGUUAGUAAAUAUCAUAAGAAAGAAAAGAUAGCUUAUGUUACUACAAAUGAGUUCGACUCUGAUAGUGAUAGUGAAUACGAAGAGGGAGAGGUCAAUGUGGCUGAAUUGAAGCCGGGACCACCAUAUAUUUGUAAAUUACUCAAGCCCUCAAAAGAUAAAAAUCCGAUCGAAAAUAAAAAUGAUAAAUUUUCUAGUAAAACGUAUUCAUUUGAUAUAACAAAAUGUGAUGAGAUAUUUGAUUUGUUAGUAACUGAUGGGCAAAUCAUAGUACCCCCAGGACUUAAGAAUCCUCCUCUUGAACAAAAGAAAAAAAGAGGAUUUUGUAAAUUUCAUAAUUUCCUGGGUCAUAAGACUUCUCAAUGUGUUCUUUUCAGGGAUUUGGUGCAGAAAGCUUUGAAAGAAGGAAGGUUACAGUUUGGAGAAAAGCCAAAGUCAUCAAUGCAAGUGGAUACUGAUCCCUUGCAAGUUGAAGAGGCUCACUAUGCUGAGCUUGCUGAUGUGAUGAUGGUCGAAACUACUGAUGGUUUCGGCGGAAAGCAAGAUGGUGCUACUGAUGGCAAAGUCUUGAACAUGAAAGUGGGGAAAUUUGACAAAGAUUUAAGACCCCACAAUAUGGUGCUGUCUAAUUAUGAGGGUAAGACAAGUGGAAUACUGGGAGUAAUUCAGGUGAAAUUAGCUGUUGGUUCGACUGUCAGGUCAACCAUCUUUAUGGUGAUUGCAUCUCGAGCCAAUUUCAAGUUACUUCUAGGUCGAGAAUGGAUCCAUGAAAUUCAUUUACAGUCAGCUAGAAUUCAACGACAAAACAGUCUUUCGUCUGAUGAAUACUGGAGUAUGAUGUUAGACGAAUUAGUAGAAUUAGACGAAGAAUGA